GUGCAUAUCACAACACAAGUGUCGUGUAACAAAACCUUCGUUCUCGUGUGUACACUUAUAGAGCGUAUUUGUAAAUAUGUACCAAAAACGUACAUGUAUAUUACAUACGCUGAUCAGCACCCGUAGGAGACACACCAUUUGAUAUUCUAUCAUAUCUAGAGAUACAAUUCCGAUCAUGACUUUUCGAAGUCACAUGAGUAGCUCAAAAAAGAGCAACAAAAUUAUGGUCGGCACCUCUCUCACAUCAAAACUAUCAAGUAAUGUCAACUGACGUCGGUAAAUACCGCUUCUAGAAUCCACGACAGUUCAUUAUUCUCGUAGAUUUCUGGAGUUGACAGUCAGUAUGUUUCGUGAGGAUUACAGUAGCCUCCUUGACGAGCUCGUUCUGAAGAUCUUGGCCAGCCUCGCACAACCAGAGCUUCAGAAUGCGGCCCAAGUGUGUAAGUUAUAACCUAACACGAUACAGUAUACUCACCACUGUCCGUGUCAGUAUACCAACUCACUUAAUGUCGAUGUUAUCAUCACAAUCCAUCAGACAAAUAGUAACUUAAAACACUACUUUGUUCCGUAGUAUCUACCCACACACAUCAACUGUGACAACUUCACCACUAACGCCCCACCGCCCGCAUCGGCGUACAAACCCACUCACAUCAAUGCUAUCUUCACAUUUACCAGGUAGAAAGUGGCACAAAGUGGCCCAGGACCCCACACUCUUCCGGAUGUACCAAGCCACACACGACGACUGCUAUAGCCUAGUUUGCGACCUGUCCCAGGUCAAGUAUAGGAAAUUGGAGCGCCUUUCACUCAACGCGCGUAUUAGAGCUUCCGGCUUGACAGACGCCUUCCAAAUGAUCGGGUUAUACUGCCCACGCCUUACUACAUUGGAUGUAUCUCAUGGAGGGGAAGAGCAAGUGGGACUACUCAACUUUGCUGCAGAUAUAGAUACAAUGAACAGUAUAUGGGUUGCCUGGCCUUUGAGUGCCGGGUCACCAUCCUCUCCGUGUCGUAUUAUAGAUCUGUGUGUAGCGAUGGGAGACAGGCUGACUGAUAUCAGAAUACUUAUUUCAGACCUAUGCGAUAGGCGUGUGUUUGACCUGGGGUUCCUUCUAACUAUACUCGCAGGCAAGUGCCGGUCUGUGCGCACGCUUUGUAUUUCGAAUGACAAUCAGGAGAAUUGGAAUGGAUGUGAAUAUUCGGCGUAUUCACUCACUUUAUCGCGUUAUUUAUUCUCUGUAAUAGAUAACUAUCCACAUCUAGAACGGUUUAGCAUCCUUGGCUUGCCUGAUAGUGUUGCAGAUGCAACCACGAAGCACAUCACUGAGCUCUGGACAUGCAGUCAUCUAGAUAACUUGAUGCGUCUGGAAGUGAGCGAGGGUAGUGUUGCACCGCUGGACAAGAAGGUUCUUGUACAGGCUGAUGCUGCGAAUCAGCCGGCAAAUAAUACAUCGAACGAUCCAGCGAAGUCGACUAUUAGAACGAAUAAACCUAAAAACCCUGAGCAAUGGCAGAAGUGGAUCAAUUACGAUAACGCAUAUGACACGGAAUCGGAUCACCUCAAUCGAGCGAGGCACUUCUUCUUUCACAUUGACACAAAAGGCAAGUUACUGCGACGAGAGCUUGCACAAGGAACACCGCCGAAGCGAAAGGUUGGAAUUGAGGAUGGAGAGGAGAAUGUGAAUGUCAAAGUAGAAAAUUAUGGAGUGUUGACACACGCUUCUAUUGUUGAUCGGUUUUAUAACAAUCUACGGGACAUGCCGUGGCGACUCACCUACGCCUCGACGUUAUCCGAAGAGUUCGACCCUGCCAAUCUGCGCGUGUCGCCUGAAGGGCUGAUAUUCCACCCGGUAGUGAACAAGACCAUACAGCGUUCUCUCGACCGAGAGACGGUAGAGGCCCAAGUGCCGUUGUGGGGCUUGCUCAGCACUGAGACCGCGCAAAUGGUGUUGGAUCAUUGUGUCGAGGAUGUGUACGGGUUGGCGGAAUCCGACAAUCAGACAGAAUCCGACAAUACGACAGAAUUUGAAAAUACGACAGAAUAUGAAAAUACGACAGAAUAUGAAAAUACGACAGAAUCCGACAAUACGACAACGCCGCUGUGUAUCGAGUGGGACGGUAAGACGGUCAGAGUACAGGAAAUGUCUGCGGUAGAUCUGACAGUGCUUGAAUAAAGACUCACGCGAGGCUCUAGAGCACCAGACAGCCGCCUUUGAUAGGGCCUGGGUGUUCUAUAUACGUCUGCAUGGAAUGACUUUAAUUCGAGUCAUGGUAGAGUGGUGGACGGUGGUUUCACUCUGCCGCAUGGCCUGUGCCUGUGGUGUUGGGUGGGGAGGGGCUUCCGGGCCUUUGCUUGAGUGGCUGAGAUCUGUUAGUUAAAGUAUUUGUCAUUCGGAGUGCGGAGAACACAUUCGUUGGCCGUGCGAGGGCUAUGCGUGAUAACGCCAUAUGGGUUUCUGGGACUGCAUAGCCACGGAACAUAAGUGUGCUGUAGGUGCCAACGGAGUGAAGUGGGCCUGAUGUAUCUGUAAUGUAUGUAUGUCUUGGCGAGGCCCCAGGUGCGGGACUGAGUAUCGCCUGCUUCAUGAGUACCAUUGUGUGGGGUGCUACGGAUGGUAUGGUGUAGGUAUACUGAAUGCCUAGUAGGUCUGCCGAGUGCAAGCACGUGGUUAAGCCUAUAUUUGGGUCGAACCGUUAGGUAACGGUCGAUGGGAGUGCCCGUGUUCUCUGCGACGUCGUCUUCUCACCACAUGAAAGAGUUUCAGGGGUUUCGGGGGUUGAAAACCCUAAAACAUCAUAUGGAAUAGGCGGAUGAACAAAACCCUAAAACACCAUAUGAUAUGGGCGGAUGAUCGCAUUCAGUACAGUCGCUGCUGACAGACCCUGGGCCUAGGCCGGCGGUCAAAGUACACCCCUUGCAAGCGGUAACAAGGGUGCGUCUAUUGCGUCUGUUGAGAUAGGAGUAGUCGUCCGUUGAGCUAAGAGUGUUAUAUGUGAAUAUGAAUAUGUGGAGCUUAGCGAGUCGGUGAGAUGGGCCGGGGUGAUAGGAUUGUAUGCCGAGGAGAGAUGCGUGUAUCUACCGGAUGGGGAUGUGAUGGUCCGGUCUUUCCGGUAGAGAGAAAGCCCGAAGCGUUGGGAAUCAAAGAAGCACUGAAGUGUUUAUAGUGAGAAAACGGAGGGUAUCAUAGGGGUUUGGAUGCUCAGUGAACAGAAGAGGGUAGCUCUCAUGCGAGAGGUGUCGGUUGGGUAUAUGGCCCUGUACGGGCUGUAUGGUGUGUUAUGCGUGUACGCUUUGAGAUGGAUCUAACAAUCACACGAAGAAGACACAAGGCUUGCAACGGCUUCGUCGCAGCACAUCCUCGGGGAUACUGCUAAUAAAGUAACUGCAGGAUAGGACAUUAGCAAUAUGACUUGCUGCCAAGAUACACGAUUCUACGACUCACCAUAAGGGCGAGGAAUAUGCGCUGAGGCUGGCCGUGGGGGGCGUUUAAUAGUAUAUGUAUAUAUCUCAAGUCCAUAGAAGACCGAGUUCGUCUUGACUGCAUUAUGUCCAUGGUGUACAAUGGGAGUUGGUAGGUAUCUGGUCCAAGAUUUCCUUUUUAGGCAGGCGCCACGGGUAUAUGAGAGACUCGUAUGUACUUUGUUUACAUAAACAGUCUGCAGCGUGUUAAGUUCGAAGGAUCAAGCCACAUGCUAGUUAAUACAAGAAACCUUAAACCCAAACUGGUCG